AAUAAAAAACAUUUUUCAUUUUAUCCUACAUUUAAUAACUGGACAAAACCACCAUUUUUCUAUUUUUUUAUUCUUUCACAAAAACAAUAAAACCAACUAACUAAAACCACAAACCACCCUCUACCCUUUUUAAAAUUUAAAUCGAAUCGAGUCAAAUCGACUCCAAAACAAAGAAAAAAUGACCUCUGUCGACAUUCCAGCAAUUUUUAGUGCUCUCCAAGGCACAAACGCGGCGCAAGACAAGCCUGCGCAAGUCUGGUCAGUGCCAGCCAGCGUCGGAUCCGAUCUAGCCCGUGGCACGACGCUUUCGACCAUUCAACAGCUCUGGCCCUCCCUCGAAGAAACGCAAAAGCUCAAUGUUCUCCUGGGCAUCGCACACGCGGGCGCGCAAAAGGUAGAGGAUAAGCAGGCGGCGCGGCAAAUUGGACGGCUGGCGGCCACCGAUACAUCGAGCACCUGGGUGCGCACCUUGGGCGGGCUCAUUGGCGAUGUUGGAGUCAAUGGGCGCCUACGGGCGCUGGGCGAUCUGGAGGAGACUGUUAGGGAGGAGCUGGAGCUGGCGAUUGGCCAGGUGGCGGACGCUGUGGCUCGCGGCGGCCUGAAGCUAACUACGGUUGAGAUGGAGUGCGUGGCGGAGCCGGUGGGCCCCACGAGGAAUGUCUACGGCGUCAGAGGUAAUGAUGAUCUGUUUGGUGAGGAGGAGAGCGGCGCUGUGAGCAUGAAUGUGAGGCCGGAUAAGGUCGUGGACCAUGAUGAGAGGAGGUCGCGCCUGGAGAUGUUCUGCGACUCGGCGGCGAAUCCCGGCAGCGGCGACGCUGGGGCACCGUCUGGGCUGGGAAUUGAUGCCGGAAGGGCGCCCGCCGGACGCCAUGAUCCAAGGUUGGGACCUGCGAUGCGUCCGGGCGCUGGCAGGGGCGCCGGCCAUGCGAUGCGUCCGGGCAACAGUGCUGGAAUGGGAAUUGGCACGCGCCCAGGCGGUGGUGCUGGCAUGCCUCCCGGUGCCCGUCCGGGCGUUGGCCCAGGCGUGCGUCCCGCCGGGAUUCUUCGUCGUAGCUCUGGCCCGGGAGCCGGCUCCGGAGCCAGCUUUUUGAUCAACAGACGUCAAGGCCCGGCCAACGCCGCGCUCCCUGCGGCAGCCUCCAUCACAUCCUCUGUGGGUGCGGGGGCGGCCGGAACCAAGCGAGUGGAUCUGAACGAAAUCCAACAGAGCAUGGCGCCGAUUAAUGCGCGCGAGCAGCAGUUGCAGAAAAAUCGCGAUGAAUUGAAGGAAGCGCGCAUUAUCAGGGAUCAAGGAAGAAAGGCAGUUGCGGAGGAGCGUAAGCUGAAGCGCCAGCAGGAAAGUGAGGAGAAGAAGGCGGCAAGGGAGGCCAAGCGGAUCUGCUCAUCGUCGCAGACGUCGUCUCGGCGGCCGAGCCGGGCGCUGUCUAAUGACGGGGAGGAGAGCGGCGAGGCUGAGUCGUCCGAUGAUGAGGCACCGCUUUCUGCGCAGGUGCUGGGAAUGGAGGAGCCGGCGACGGAACCGGUGUCCAAAGAGUAUCUGGAAUUCACCGGCACUGAUCCCCAGGUGCAGGCAGUUUACACGAAUACGAAUAUUUUAAGCGAUGUCGAUCGACUGCGCAUGUUUUGCUUCUUCACUUCGCGUCAGAUGCCUGAGGGGACAGGUGCGGAUCUGGAGAUCGUGCUUAAUGAGCAGACUAUCAGUGAUCCAACCAGGCCUGGAACCACAUGCACUGAGCUCAUGGUUUUCAUUGCCAACAUUCCUCGCGGCGAGUGGAGAAAGGUGCGUCGCAUCCGCCGCCAAUAAGGCCCAUGUUGAUCUUUCUAAAAAAAAUUAAUUUAAUUUUUUAUAGUUUAA